UCUAUCUUCAACUUGCAGUGAUAAACGAAUAAUUUUGUCAAAUCUUUGAUUAAUUUUAACACUGAAUUAUAUGUAAAGAUAUAUGAAAUGGCUUGUCGUCCUAAAGAUUAUGAAAGUGGAUAGGAAGAGUCAAGAUUUAAGAAUACUGUUGUUGAAACUUUUUACUGUUCAAUUUGCCUGAACGUCGUUAAAGAUGCCAGAAUGUGUCAACAUAUCGAACACAUUUUUUGUCGUUAUUGAAUUGAAGAACAUCUACGAGUUAAUGCACAAAGAUGUCCUCAAUGUCAAGAUAAUUUGACUGUACCUACACUUCUUCCAGCAAGUCUUAUAAAUAACUUGAUUUCUAAGUUAAAGAUCAUUUGCAACCACACAAAUCAUGGUUGUCCUGAAUUUAUAAACGUUGAUGAUCUUGAAAGACAAGAUUAAAUAUAAAACUGAAUUAUGUGAGUACAGAAAGAUUGUUGCUCACGACUUUGGUGAGAUUAGAGAAUUGUUUCAACUAAGUUUUGUUCAUGUUGACAAAGUGAAAAUGCAGAUGAAUGAAAUAAAUGGGAAAAUGGAUCAAAAGUUUAUUGAUGUGUGUGGUGAAGGCAUAGAUAGCAAGUAGAAAAUUAUUCAACUGACAGCGUAUGAAAAGCAAAGCACGUGUGCGCAUUGUACAUAUGUUUUAAAAUAUUGUUUAUGUCUUUUGUAGAUCUGCUUCAUUGCACUAUUUUCUUUUAUCUUUUGUUUUUACUUUGCUUUACAUAAAUAUGUUAAAAUAUAAAACUAGGCGUUGUUAUUCUUCGCUUUUAACUUCCGUGUUUAUCAAACGUCGAAUGAGAAUUUCAACGUAUUUUCUAUCUUCAACUUGUUGCGAUAAACAAAUAAUUUCGUCUACUCUUGGCUUAAUUUUGAUCCUGAAUUAUAUGGGAAAACGUAUGAAAUGGCUUGUCGUCCUAAUAAUUACGAUUCAUAUGGAUAUGAUGAAUCAAGAUUUGAAAGCCCUGUCAACGAUAAUUUUUAUUGUCUAAUUUGUCUCAAUGUCAUAAAAGAUGCCAGAAUGUGCCAUAAUGAACACAUCUUUUGUCGUAAAUGUAUCGAAGAACAUCUGCGAGUUAUUGCACAAAGAUGUCCUCAAUGUCAAGAUAAUUUGACACUAGCUACACUUCUUCCAGCGCGUGUUAUAAAUAAUAUGAUUUCAAAGUUAAAGAUCAACUGCCACUUCGCAAGUCGUGGUUGUCCAGAGUUUAUCAACGUUGAAGAUCUUGAAAGACAUGUUGAAAAUUGUGGUUUUGCUCCAGUGUUGUGUUCUAAUGAACGUUGUGACAAGGAGAUAAACAAACGAGACAAGAUUGAACAUGAAACUGAGUUAUGUGAAUACAGAAGGAUUCCUUCUCACAACUUUCAAGAGAUUAGAGAAAUGUUUCAAAAAAGUUCUGAUCAAAUGAAAGUGCAGAUGGUUAAAAUAAAUGAAAAAAUGGAUCAAAAUAGAAAUGAAAUAAAUAAAAAAAUUAAUGAUGUAUCUGGUCAGUCUACGAAAGAAAUAAUGGAAUUAAAGAAAGAAAUGAUGGAAUCAAGGAAAGAAAUAAAAGAUGUUCAACAAAACCUUUCUACAAUGACCAAAGAAAUGAAAGAAAUGAAAGCAAUGUUGUUUCAAUUGUCGGAAAAGAUGAAUAUAAGUGAACAACAUGUUAAAAGAUCAACAUCAUCAGUUGAAAUGGUGAUAAACUCAGUAAAAGGUGAUAUUUUGGUUGCUGGAGGUUACCCAUAUGAUUCCUUAAAAAGUGUUGAAAUAUUUUCAUGGAAGGAGAAGAAAUGGUUUAAGACUGCAUCAAUGGAAAAUGAACACAGGUGGGCUUCAUCAUUUAUUUAUGAUGAUAAUUUAUUUGUUGUUGGAGGUAAUGACAGUAAGUCAAUAGAGACAUUGAAUAUAAAACAGUUACCUUUGACAUGGAGAAAAUUUCCAACAAAGCUUCCUUAUGGAUGUUGGCUUCAUCAAACUGUUGUUUAUAAACAACAAAUCUUUCUCAUUGGAGGAUAUGAUUAUGAUAAACGUUCAACAUUGGAUCAAAUUAGUGAAGUACAGAUUACAGGUACAACAUCUUAUGUUUUGAAAGAGUUGUGUCAUAUGCCUGAACCACGGGAUGGCCAUGGAGCUGUUGUUGUUGAUGAUAAAGUUCUUAUUUUUGGAGGAGUGGGAAAAGAUGGCAGAGUGUUGUCCAGUGUUUUGGAAUUUGAUCCAAGGACACUUACAUUUAAGGAAAUGCCUCCAUUACCUCAUCCAUGGACUGUAAUGGCAACAGUUCAAUGGAGAGAUCAAGUUGUUCUUCUUGGAGGUUAUGAUAGAGAAGAAAGUUUGAACAGUGUUAUCAUGUAUGACUAUAAAACAGGAAAGAUUCAAGUCUUACCAUCCAUGUUAGAAAAGAGAUCCGGGUGUUGUGCAGUUAUAACAGGUGAUACAAUUGUUGUCAUGGGAGGUGUGAAUGAUAAAGAUGAAGUUCUUAAAUCAGUGGAGUGUUUUAAAAUGGGAAGUAGUUCUUCAUGGACAUAUCUUCCUUCAAUGAAUGAACCACGAUAUGCAGCCAUUGCUGAAAUUUUACCUUUUGGACAAAAGUAUUUAUAAGCACAGAAUUAUUCUCUAAAUAAUCCAAACAUUAUAACUCAGUAAAAUUUGUUUAUAUUAAAGCUAAACACUACUUAAAAUUGAAUAUGUAAACUUACAAUGUUCAUAUAACCUUUGAUUAUUAUAAUAAAUUACUGGAGAAAUAAA